UUUUACAUGUUGGUCCAAUGCCGGAUCGUCUCUUCGGUGGCAUCAGUGCGUUAAUAUGAUGCGCAGCAGGCACGUCGUACUCGAGCAACGAGCACACUCGUCGCGAUCGAGGCCCGUUCCGAGCUUCGCGGCCUCAACUGUGCGGGAUCGCGUGAAAAUUGCGUGAGCUUCGGUUUCAAUCUCGAACAGUGAGUUUGACGCGCGUAAUCGCAACGGGUCGCAAUUUAACGCUUUCACGAUCGAUAAUGGCAUAGUACUCUCUCUAUAUGUUUUUUUUUUUUUUUUUUUUUUUUUUUUUUUUUUUUUUUUUUUGAAUCGUCAUAGUAAUACGUCAUAGUAAUGCGUCUUUCCGCGAGUCGAAACUGAUGAGAACAUUCGUCGUUCUAUUAUAUUAUAUACGAUCGACGAAUAAAAAAUGUCAAGAAAAUAUGUGGUCUCGCAGGAAGAUAUAUAAUUGUUUAAAAAUUAAAAUAUAAUUUAAUAACGAGAUUUUUUUUUCUGAAUUAGCGUCGAGAUUUGCACUGAAAAUCGAUCAGAUGUAUCUGACGAUUAAUACGAAAAUGUAAACUCAAGAACAUUUCACGAGGCAAACUGAAACGAUAUCCUUCGAGCGAAAAAUAUCGAGUCGGAAAUAUCGCGUCGAAAAAUGCGAGAAAACGGCCGGUCGCUUCCACGAUAUGUGCAUACAAGAAUAUACACAUCUCGGUAACAUAUGAGAAGACAAGAUGGGUUCAACACGCGGGACAUGCGUGUGUGCGUGAGAGCGCGUAAAAGCGUCGCCUGCAAACAUUAAGUACAUACUCGUUUUGAAGAGUCUGUUCAGUCGAAAGUGCUCGGAUGCAUUCAAUGUGCCUCCAAGAAGAUGCAGUUUCGCGAUGCGCUGUUGACUUGAAAGAAUGUCUGACGAGGAGUGACAGUGGGAAGCGUGACGAAAUCAGUGAAAUUCCAGGCGAUUCUAGAUAAUAGAAAACGGAGAUUUUUAAUGUGUAUUCAAAAUUGCAGCGCGAUAAAAUUAUGUCAUCCUUGUUCGUUGACGAUCUUUGUCGAGAAUUUUUGGUCUUAAGCAAUAAUUCUUUUUUAAUGUCGCAUAAAUAGUUGUCAUCUAUAAAGCUUCGCGCUGAUGGUUUCAAAAUUAAAAAUCGUCAGUGUUGAUCAUCGGAAUGAACUAUCGCAUCGUUGCUACAAAUCCAAACACUAUUGUAUCGAGAAAUUAAAAAAUUUUUAAGGAAAAUUAUAAAGAAAAGAAACUGGGAGGAUAUUAAUCGUUAAUUUUAUGACAAUCGAUGAUCCGCCAAGUUUUCUCGAAAGAAAUUGAUGAGAAGAUGAUUGUCGAAUGAGAGAGUUGAAUGGAAAGAACGUCACGCUCGGAUCUCAAGACACGGAGAUGAUAAACAACCAUCGGGGAUAUAUCAAUGAGAAAAUUGUCGCGUCGAACCGAGACAGGAACCGAUAAACUUGCGGGCCGAUUAGAUAAAAAUAUGGCCGCUUGCCAUCCAACACCUGCCGUGCAACGCAUGCAGUUGCAGGACUCGACUCGGAUCAGUUACGGAGCGGGUGCUCCGAAUCAGAAGACCCUUCAACAGUCGACCUAUCCACCGCAUUUGCUCAAUUGGGUCUAUCUGGCCAUCGCCGAGCAAAAUCCAUCGCAGCCACCCGAUCAGACUUAUCUGCAUCAAGGCUCGCUAAAUCCGUCCGGAUCCAUCAGGCCAAUGCGAGGCAGCGUGGCGGAGAAUAUUGCGGACUUAGCGGAACACUUUACGGAGUUAAGCUUAAGCGACAAGAAACCGACCAAGAGGCCGCCGUCGACAUACCUGUGUCACUUAUGCUUCAAGAAAGGUCACUAUAUCAAGGACUGCCCGCAGGCGCGACCGAAGGGCGAGGGCCUGACGCCGUAUCAGGGCAAGAAGCGGUGCUUCGGCGAAUACAAGUGUCCGAAAUGCAAGCGCAAGUGGAUGUCGGGCAACAGCUGGGCGAAUAUGGGCCAAGAGUGCAUCAAGUGUCACAUAAACGUGUAUCCUCAUAAGCAGAGGCCGUUGGAAAAACCCGAUGGUCUGGACGUGUCCGAUCAAAGCAAGGUCCAUCCUCAGCAUCUCUGCGAGAAGUGUAAAACGUUGGGCUAUUAUUGCAGACGCAGCGCAAUAAUAACCUAGUGACAAUCGAAUUCCGUCCAAUUUAUUAAUUGUCUAAUCGCACUAAGGAAGAGAGAAUAAAACGUUUUAUCGGGAUGAACUGAAAAAGAAACAAAUUUAAGAAAUCUGUCAUGUUCGAUAUAUGUUGAACCGGUAUCGACCCGGAUGCAAAUCUAGACACAUUAUAGAGCGCCAAUCUCUAUCGCGAGAGAUUAAAGACGAACGAAUUUAUAUAUACAUAUUGCACGAGAGAAAUAAACGGAUAUAUUUUUAUGUACAAUUACACAAUGAGAGAAAGGAGCUUUUCAUCGCAUGAUCUUUGGUAAGGAUCGCGAUUUGGGAAGGCGCGACACUCUCUCUAUCCAUAUUACUUAGUUGAACAAUUAUCUACACGGAUACAAAGUGUGCAUAAGAAUGUGCACCAGCAACAUAAUUUUUUUUUCGACUUGUCGAUAUUUGACAAGCAGCACACUGUCGCAUAUAGGGAAACGCGAAUGAAAAACGAAAGCGUCAUUCUCAGGGAUAUAAUGUUUUGAUCCUUUAAGAAUUUUAAUAAUAAUUAAUAGCGAGCAGUAACGAUCAUAAACGAAAGCUUCACACGUCACAAUCAUUUCGAGUUACAUGAAACGCAAAUCGUCAUCGAGAUAUGUCUUGUUCAACGGAUCCAGGACCUAGCGAACAAUGAUGCAUGUAUAAAUCUCUUAUUAUUCAAUAUAUUAUUUGCAUAUGUACAGAUCGGGCUACGAUAUAGCAAGAAUGAAGAAACAUUCGAGUUGCGUUCAAAGUAUAAGUUACGAUACGGUAAUUGAAAUCGAUACAAUUUUGCUGGGAGUUCAGUUUUUGAUUGCAGAUUUUUGGCUAGACGAGAGCGAUGCCUAUAUUUAUCCGGAAACAUGACGAUGAUGUACAUAGUCGUUUUUCGCAUAUUUCAACAACAUUCUCAAACUGAACUCACCGAAAUUGCAAAUUUUGGUUUCGAUCUUCGAUUAGCGAAAUCACUGUCGAUUAGUUCUCUCUAAGAAUGGCAUUGAACAGGUACAAAUCUAACAUACGUGACUAUCCAUGUAGACGUGAGAGAGAGAAGAGAAUUUUCUCACCUGCAAUUCUAAAUAGGAUUUGUAAAUGUUUAAGUAGAAUUUGUAAGAAUAGAUAUCUGAUGAAAGAUAUUAUUCGACUCGCAUCAUUCUACGUAAAAUACAUAUAACAUGCCGAUAAAAACAUUAAUCGCAAGAAAUUGAUCGGUCGUUUCUUCAGAUGAUUUUGGCCUACGCAUUUGGCUUUUGACAAAGAGAGCUUCUUUUACCGGUGAUGCAAAAAAGAAAUUAAACGGAAGUACAUAUCGAGUGCUAAAAGUGGUGUCGAGAGCUAUAUUAUAUGUUGUCAUUGUUAUUGCCAAGAUUAUGCACUUUAUAAAUGAUAAUCUUGACAGUAACACACGUUAUGGUACAUAUGUAUUAUUUGUAUAUAAUGAGUGCCAAAUAUACAAACCAAAGAUA